GAGGAGAGAGAAAAUAAAGCGGCCUCAGCCCACGACCAGGCCAGGGGCGUAGCAGCCCAGCCAAGAAGAGAGAGGCUGGUGACCUUUUUUUCGGUGGCAGGGCUCGGCUUGAUUUGCUCUCCGAUAUCGGUUUCCUUUUCUCCCGUGAAUCGGCGCCCAGUCAGCGUUGCUUCGGUUUUCCUCAGACCAGUUAGGAAUCUGAAGUAAACAAGGAAGUAUGAUGUCUUCAGCAUGGUCUGAAUAUACAAUUGGUGGGGUGAAGAUUAACUUUCCUUGUAAAGCUUAUCCAUCACAGCUUGCUAUGAUGAAUUCUAUUGUCAGAGGAUUAAACAGUAAGCAACAUUGUUUGUUGGAAAGCCCUACAGGAAGUGGGAAAAGCUUAGCCUUACUUUGUUCUGCUUUAGCAUGGCAACAGUCUCUUAGUGGAAAACCAGUGGAUGAAAGCUUAAGUAAAAAAGCUGAAGUAUCAUUAUGUUGUUGUACAUGCCAUUCAAAGAAUUUUACAAAUGAUGACAUGAACCAAGGAACUUCACGUCAUUUCAGUAGUCCAAGUACACCACCACCUUCUGAAAGAAAUGGCACUUCACUUUGUCAAGACUCUCCUGAAAAAACUACGCUGGCUGCAAAGUUAUCUGCUAAGAAACAGGCAUCUGUAAACAGAGAUGAAAAUGAUGAUUUUCAAGUAGAGAAGAAAAGAAUUCGAUCCUUAGAAACUACACAGCAGAUUAGGAAACGUCAUUGUUUUGAAAAGGAACUACACCAUUUGGAUGCAAAAGAUGCUUCAGGAAAGACCACAAAACUCAACUCUCCAUUAAGAAAGAGAAACUCCUUUUCUUCACAAAAUCUCUCUGGUCACUGUUCUAGGUGCUCUUGUCCUACUAAAGAAGGAAACAGUAAAGAUUCUUCAAAUGCCAUUAAGAAGGAUCCUGGGGGGAAAUCCAAGAUACCAAAAAUAUAUUUUGGGACACGUACACACAAGCAGAUUGCUCAAAUUACUAGAGAGCUCCGGAGGACCGCAUACUCAGGGGUCCCAAUGACUAUUCUUUCCAGCAGGGAUCAUACUUGUGUCCAUCCUGAAGUAGUAGGUAACUUCAACAGAAAUGAAAAGUGCAUGGAGUUGCUGGAUGGAAAAAAUGGCAAAUCCUGCUAUUUUUAUCAUGGUGUUCAUAAAAUUAGUGAUCAACACACAUUGCAGACCUUCCAAGGGAUGUGCAAGGCCUGGGAUAUAGAAGAACUCGUCAGCUUGGGGAAAAAACUAAAGGCAUGUCCGUAUUACACAGCACGAGAACUAAUAGAAGAUGCUGACAUCAUAUUUUGUCCCUACAACUAUCUUCUAGAUGCACAAAUACGGGAAAGUAUGGAUAUCAAUCUGAAAGAACAGGUUGUCAUUUUAGAUGAAGCUCAUAACAUUGAGGACUGUGCUCGGGAAUCAGCAAGUUACAGUAUAACAGAAGUUCAGCUUCGGUUUGCUCGAGAUGAACUAGAUAGUAUGGUCAACAGUAACAUAAGGAAGAAAGACCAUGAGCCCUUACAAGCUGUGUGCUGCAGCCUCAUUAAUUGGUUAGAAGCAAACUCUGAACAUCUUGUGGAACGGGAUUAUGAAUCAUCCUGUAAAAUAUGGAGUGGACGUGAAAUGCUCUUAAAUUUACACAAAAUGGGAAUCACCACUGCUACUUUUCCCAUUUUGCAGGGCCAUUUUUCUGCUGUCCUUCAAAAAGAAGAAAAAGUCUUUUCAAUUCAUGGAAAAGAGGAGGCAAGAGAAGUACCUAUUAUUAGUGCUUCAACUCAAAUAAUGCUCAAAGGACUUUUUAUGGUGCUUGACUAUCUUUUUAGGCAAAAUAGCAGGUUUGCAGAUGAUUAUAAAGUUGCUCUUCAACAGACUUAUUCUUGGAUAAAUCACCCAGAUAUUUCAGAUAAAAAUGGGUUCUUUGCUCCACCAAAAAAUAAGAAACGUUCACGACAGAAAACUGCAGUUCAUGUGCUAAACUUUUGGUGCUUAAAUCCAGCGGUGGCCUUUUCAGAUAUUAAUGGCAAAGUGUGGACGAUUGUUUUGACAUCUGGGACAUUAUCCCCAAUGAAAUCCUUUUCAUCAGAACUUGGUAUUACAUUUACUAUCCAACUGGAAGCUAAUCAUGUCAUUAACAACUCACAGGUUUGGGUUGGCACCAUUGGGUCAGGCCCCAAGGGUCGGAAUCUCUGUGCUACCUUCCAGCACACAGAAACAUUUGAGUUCCAGGAUGAAGUAGGAGCACUUUUGUUAUCUGUGUGCCAGACUGUGAGCCAAGGAAUUUUGUGUUUCUUGCCAUCUUACAAGUUAUUAGAAAAGUUAAAAGAACGUUGGCUCUCCACUGGUUUAUGGCAUAAUCUGGAGUUGGUGAAGACAGUCAUUGUAGAACCACAGGGAGGAGAAAAAAUUGAUUUUGAUGAAUUACUACAGGUGUACUAUGAUGCAAUCAAGUGCAAAGGAGAGAAAGAUGGAGCCCUCCUGGUAGCAGUUUGUCGUGGUAAAGUGAGUGAGGGUCUGGAUUUCUCAGAUGACAAUGCCCGUGCUGUCAUAACAAUAGGAAUUCCUUUUCCAAAUGUGAAAGAUCUGCAGGUUGAACUAAAGCGCCAGUAUAAUGACCAGCAUUCAAAAUUGAGAGGUCUUUUACCUGGUCGUCAAUGGUAUGAAAUUCAAGCAUACAGGGCCUUAAACCAGGCCCUGGGUAGAUGUAUUCGACACAAAAAUGAUUGGGGAGCUCUUAUUCUAGUGGAUGACCGCUUCAGGAGUAACCCAAGUCGAUAUAUAUCUGGACUUUCUAAAUGGGUACGGCAGCAGAUUCAGCACCAUUCAACCUUUGAAAGUGCACUGGAGUCCUUGGCUGAAUUUUCCAAAAAGCACCAAAAGGUCGUUGGUAUAUCCAAAGAGGACAGAGAGUCUGUACAGGACAGUGAGUCUAUACUUGAAGUCGCUUGUUUGAAGGACAAUUCCUCAGCUUACUUAUUAGAAGCAGCAAGUCAUCUAUCACCAGAGAAUCCUAGAGAAGAUGAUCCAGUAUUAUUAGAAGAGUCUGGCCAGACAAUGCAAGCAGAAAACAUUGUGAUUUCCAGAUCUGCAAGCCCGACCUUCAACAAACAACCAAAUAGAGUUAGCUGGUCUAGCUCUAAUUCUUUGGGACAGUGUCUUAUGGGUAAAAUUCUGACUGCAACACCUAACUUUAGGUCAUCAGAGGACUGUGCCUCUAGUUCUUCCACCUUCAGAACGGAGAAGCAUUGUGAGAUUGUUUUGCCACUCACUGAUAAAUUUGAGUCCUCAUCUCUAAGAGUAAACACAUCAUUUGAACCAUGCCCUCAGUCAGAAACUAUUAUUCCAUCAGUAACAACGGAGGCUGCUCUUCUUAAAAAAGGUAAUUUCAAAUGGCCACUCUGCUGUGAAGAAGCCCUGGAUCAAGACAUUGAAUUGUCUCUAGCAAGUGGAGAAGAUACACUUUCUACUUCAAAUAGAGCUUUUGAAACAGAAGCAGAAGAUGAAUCUAUCUAUUUUACACCUGAACUUUAUGAUUCUGUAGAUGCAAAUGAAGAAAAAAAUGAACUAGUUGGAACUGAUAGAGACAAUAGAUUGACUAAUAAUUCAAAUUGUAUUUUAGCUGAAGAUCUUUUUGAAAUUAGGACUACGAAAGAAGUAGAUUCAGACAGGAAAAUGAAAGCUGAGGAUUGCCCAGACACAAAGUUAAACAGAAUCAUGCAUACUGAAGAAAGUAAAGUUGAUGACAUUGCUAGUAAUAUUAAAACAACUAAUAUAAAUGAGUUGGAACUGGGGAGAAUUCGUGAAAUGGAUAUAAAGAACUUUAAACAGUCUCCUUCCAAAAAUAAAGGUGUGUUCCCUAGUGUUAGAUAAUAAUACUUAACUGUCAAGGUAUAAAAAUAUGCUGUUGUACUUAUAUUAAACUAUUAUAAAUGAUGAUUUGUGCAUUGACUAAGUGGAAUCAUUUUUUUAAAAUUUGAGACAUAUUUUUUACUUUGUCAUUAGAGUUUUAAAAGUAUAUUAUGUUCUGAAAUGUAAGUUUUACUAUUCUUGAGUUUUGAUAAAGUGAUUCAUUCAAAAUAUUUUCCUUCAACAAGUCUUCCUUAGUUAAGUGUAAUUCAAAAUCAAUCAAUCUAAGAGAUAUAUAGUUGUCUAGGGCAUUUUAAAUUUUACAUAAGUAUUUGCAUAUUGCAGUUUUCUUCAUCUGUUUGUUUUCAUAUGAUACAUACAAAUUAAUAGCAAUCUAAUUCAGUCAUGUUUUGCUAUAGAUUUUACCUCAAGUUGGUCUGACAUUGUUUUUAGAAAUCAAAGUUUUCUUGAAAAGUUUUUUCCUGUAUUAAACUGUCAAAUAGUAAUUAAGAAUUAAGGAAGAAAACUGCAGGCAUUUUCAAUUGACAUUGUUUUUCAUUUGUUUGUUUGGUAAACUAAAAUCAAGCAUGUUUAAAGCAAACGUAUGUAAAGUUAUAAAAUGCCAAAUGAAGGUCUCCAAAUUUUCGAUUCUAAUUACUAAAUAGCUUCAUCAUCACUGGGGGAAAGUGACGUGUUCUAUCAUAAAGGCUCUAACUUUGCAACAGUUAAGAUAGAAAACUUCAUGUGUAUAUUUGAUAAGUAAAAGUAAAGAUGUAAUUAGCUGAAAAAUGUUCCUAUAAAGCUCAGUAAGUCUUUCUGUUAAAUUUUGACUUUAUGUUUUUGUGAAUGAAGCUAUGCUUCUUACCAAAAAUGGUUAUAAAAGAUACUUUUCCCUGACAUUCCAAAAUUACAUUCACUGAUCUUUUUCUAAGAAACACCUGUUAUUUUUUGGACAUUUAGGCUUCUUGUGAGUGAUUUGAGUUGAAAUUUUAUGAGCUGUUCAAGUUGUGGAUGUGGUUUAUUAUUUUUAAGUCAGAAUUCCCAGCAAUCAAGUUUCUUUUAUAUUUAUUUGGAUAACAAGUUACAGUAUAUGCAUAAGUUUACCUUUAUUUUGAUGAUGUUUAGAUAGAAUACAGCUUAACUGUUUCUAUAGCAUUGGAUGUUACAACUCUAAGCAUAGUUCAAAGAAA